AUGGAGUUUGGAAGAGUUUGGUCCAGAUAUCAGAGGACGGUGCUGAUCACCAUGAUGAUGUUCAAACUGGGUGUUCUGUGCACAGUGGCAGCAGACAAGUGUCUCUCAUCUCCCUGCAACAAUGGUGGCACAUGUCUUGACCACCUGGGCGACUACGUGUGCUUGUGCCCCAAAGGACCAGUGUGGUACAUGGGCAAAAACUGCGAUGAGCUGUAUGAUGCCUGUAUCACGGCAACUUGUGCCAACUGUACCAGUGAACCUGGGACUAAUGAGUUCACCUGCCACUGCCCAGACGGCUUCACAGGACUCAACUGUACCCAGGAUGUAGAUGAAUGUCACAGCAACCCCUGCAAUGAUGUCAAGUCCUACUGUGUCAACGGGAUCAAUGGAUAUUCCUGCCACUGUCCCAUUGGAUUAGGAGGGGGCGACUGCCAGGAGAAUGUGACCACUUGUUCAGAGGAAACAUGCCAGAAUGGCGGCACCUGUAUGGACAUCCCGGACUCUGGGCACCAGUGCCAGUGUGCUGCUGGGUACCAGGGGACGAACUGUGAGGAGAACAUCGAUGAGUGCCGGUCUGAGCCCUGUCAGAAUGGAGCCAUCUGUAAAGACGGGGUCAACGCCUACCAGUGUUUCUGUGUGCCUGGAUUUCAAGGCUACCACUGUGAUUUGGAUAUCAAUGAGUGUGCGUCCCGACCCUGUCAAAACAACGGCACAUGUCUGGACGAAGUGGAUCAUUAUAAAUGUGAAUGUGCGCCAGGCUUCAAAGGGAUUAACUGCGAGGUGGAGAUCGAUGAGUGCGAGGCACAGCCCUGCCAGAACGGCGCCACCUGCCGAGAUUACGUUACCGCAUACAGGUGUGAGUGCAUGGCCGGCUUCCAGGGCCGAGACUGCGAGGUCAACAUUGAUGAAUGUGCCAGCGUGCCCUGUCUGAAUGAGGGCAAGUGCAUAGAUGGGGUCAACAGCUAUGAAUGUGACUGUGAGGGGACAGGCUUCGUAGGCGACCACUGUGAAGAUGAUAUUCCUGAAUGUGCUUCUGACCCCUGUCAGCAUGGGGCUACGUGCUUGGAGGGAGUCAACCAGUACACGUGUGUUUGCUGGCCAGGUUACGUGGGUGACAACUGCCAGGUGGAUAUAAACGAGUGUGAUCAGCAUCCCUGUGAGAAUGGUGGCGAGUGUUUCCAGCGAUCAGAUUCCAAGAACUACGGGACACUGCCUGAACUCAGCACGGCCAAUUUCACAUAUGAAGGGGCAGCAGGCUUCAUCUGCCACUGUCUGCCAGGGUUCACCGGAGACAACUGCUCAGUCAACGUGGACGAGUGUGAGUCUGCUCCGUGUCAGAAUGAAGGACGUUGCCAGGAUCUGGUCAACUCUUAUCAAUGUGUGUGUCCUGACGGCUUCACAGGUGUACACUGUGAGGUGGACAUCAACGAGUGUGACAGCUAUCCCUGUCAGAAUGGCGCCACGUGCGAAGAUGCUGCCAACUCCUAUAGGUGUCACUGUCCAGUGCCAGAGCCUGGCCAGGAGCCAUGGGGUGGGCGAGACUGUGACGUCCGCCUGGUCGGCUGCCAACAGCACCGGUGUCAACAUGAAGCAGACUGCGUCCCCAUGCUGACUGGUGAUGGAGAGCACAGCUACACCUGCCUGUGUCCACCUGGCUGGACCGGAGAGCGCUGCAACACCUCAACCACCUUUUCCUUUAACUCCGAGGGCUACAUCCGCAUGCAGCUUCCUAUUUACAAAAACAGGACUAGGCGAGAGAGUGAUGCCCAUAACCACGGGCUCCACAUGCAGCUCCGAUUCAAGAGCACCCUGUCUGACAUGAUGCUGUACUACCGGGGAACCAUGGAGCGCUUUGUCACCUUGGAGCUUGUCGGUGGCUACCUCCAGGCCAGGGUGGAUUCAGGGAAGGUGCUGCAGGUCAUUUACCCUCACCUGGUUAAUGAUGGAGAAUGGCACCAGGUGACUGUGACCAUGGAUGAGUGGCUGGUUCUGACUGUAAAAGGACUUGGCUGUAAAGAAGGCUGCCAGGUGAAGAAUGAGGUUCACAACCAUCUGAUUUUCCUCCAGGCCAGCUCCUUUCAACAGCUGUAUGUAGGAGGGGCGCCGAAGGAAUAUUUAAACAAUACAUCCAGCGGUAAAGGGUUCAUUGGCUGUAUGGAAGACCUUCAUGUUGACCAUAAGCUGCUUCUGCCUCAGGACCUCAUGAGAGAAGAAAACCAGGGCUUGAUCCAGGGAUGCAUCAAAGAGGAGUGGUGUCAGGAGGACCCGUGCAUGCAACGCGGACAGUGUGUGGACAUGUGGGUUCGUGCCAGUUGUCAGUGUCACCGGCCCUACUAUGGAGAAAGCUGUGAGAAAGAGUACCCAUCUUGGACCUUCGGCCAUGAGAACACCACCAGCUACUCUGCCUUCAGUAUCUCGGAAACCCACGGAGACAAGUUCACCAUUUCUUUUUUAAUGCGCUCCCUCAAACACAACGGCCUGCUUCUGCAGCUCAGUCGAGAAGAACAGCCCUACCUGACAAUCUAUCUGAAGGAAGGCACUGUAGCUAUUUACAGCCCUCACACCACACUGCUGUCAGAGGCUAAGUUUGUCACUGAUGGCAAUAAUAAUUUGGUGACUAUUAAGUUGCACUAUGGCCAUGUGGUCUUCCCUAAAGCGGGUAACCAUCGUGCCUUAGGGAAUGUGAGUGUAGAGGCAGGGGAUGUGGUGUAUGUUGGAGGGCUCCCUGUAGGCAAGAGCAUGAGCGCCUGGGGUGGGAACUUCAAGGGCUGCCUGCAGGACAUUCGACUGGACCACAAGCAUCUGACCAAUGAGGAUCAUCCAGAGCAGGUGGAGGUUUACCAGGCAAGCACAGAGGAGAACGUGCUGCCAGGAUGCCAAAGUGACGACACAUGCAAGGAUGAGCCCUGUUUCAAUGGGGGACAGUGUCAGGUCACCUGGAAUGACUUCAAGUGUGACUGCUCCAGUAACUACUCAGGCCGGCUGUGUGAGACACGUCUGUGGUGCGUCGACAGCCCUUGUUUUGAUGGAGUGCGCUGUGUGGACCUACAGGAUGGCUAUGAGUGUUUAACUGAAGCCAUUUUUCAGGACAACUCUCUCCAAUACGUUGCUAACAGCUCUCUACUGAGCCCAGUAACCAACAUCUCCAUGGACAUACGGACGCGAGACGAGAAUGGAGUCUUGUUGCGGGCCGAAAGCAGAGCCGAAGUCUUCUGCCUGGGUCUGCUCAACUCCUCCCUGCUGGUCAAGCUGAACAGCGGUGCGAGUACACAGCUACUGGCCUUCACAAGUGACAGGACCAUCGCAGACGGAGUGUGGCACCACGUCCAGCUGACUAUGGUCGACCCCACAGAGUCAGUGUCCCGCUGGCGCCUUACAGUGGAUGGACAGAGAGUGGGUAGCAGCUUAGGUGUUGGGGGCAACCUCAACUUCCUCAAUGAGACUAAAAUCUGGCUGGCUGAGAAAUACACUGGAUGUUUAGGGGAGGUGAGAGUGGGUGGAGUCUACCUGCCACUCAUUAAUGUACCAGAUGCCCCCCAGGUGAGCCGGUUCUCCAGACUGGGUGGGCACGAGCCAAUCAUAGGAUGCCAAGGUGCACCAAUUUGUGAUUCCCAGCCCUGCCUCAACCAGGGUGUGUGUCAGGACCAGUUUUAUGAGUUUAACUGCAGCUGCAGCUCAGGAUGGGAGGGAAAGCUGUGUGACAUAGAGAUAAACGAGUGUUCUUCAGCUCCCUGUGUCUACGGUACGUGUAAAGACCUCCUGGCAGACUAUCAGUGUGACUGUGAGCCUGGAUACACAGGGAGGAGCUGUCAGGAGGAGCUGGAUAACUGUCUGGAGUUCAGCUGUGUGAAUGGAGGGACUUGCAUGGAAACGGUGGGAACGCACACAUGUUCGUGUCCUCCAGGCUACAUCGGCAAGCGCUGCCAGUGGCGUUACCCUCCAGUGGCAUGCGAUGCAAAAACAGAGUGUCUAAAUGGAGGGGUUUGUAUCGGAGGAGACGCUGGAGGAAACUGCACCUGUAAGCCUGGAUACACUGGUGCCAGGUGCGAGACAGAAAUAGACGAGUGUGAGUCCAGCCCUUGUCUCAACGGUGCCACCUGUCUGGACAGACUCAACCACUUCCAGUGUGUGUGUGUGCCGGGCUUCAGCGGCACACAGUGUGAGAGAAACAGAGAGGAGCAUAAGGAGGGAGUUCCCUGGCUCGCAGUGACCAUCCCUCUGACCACCCUGUGCGUGCUGCUGGCCAUCCUGGUGGUGUUUUUCCUCAUCAUGACGGCCCGGAAGAAGCGUCAGUCGGAGGGCACGUACAGCCCCAGCUCACAGGAGGUAGCUGGCGCCAGGCUGGAGAUGGGCAGCGUCCUCAAAGUGCCCCCAGAGGAGAGGCUGAUCUGA